GCCCAUCUUGAGUCUUGUCAAUACAAUAUGGUCGCCUGUAAGGAGUGCAGCGCUAUGGUAGCCCGGAAUCAUAUCAAGGAUCAUUUACAGUACGACUGCCCUCGCAGGACGGAGACAUGUGAAUACUGUGGUUCAGAGUUCACUGGGAGCAAGAUAGAUGCUCAUCUGGGUAAAUGUCAGCUAGAGGUGGUGUUCUGUGAAAACAAGUGUGGGGCUCAGCUGCAGAGGCGCUUCAUUAAUCAUCACAUGCUAAACGAAUGCGCAAAACGAUCUAUUCCAUGCAAAUACUGCCACAAGGAAUUCGUCUAUGAAACAUUGCAGAACCACCUCCACCAAUGUCCCCGUUACCCUGUGACCUGUCCUAACCGAUGCGAGCCUAGUAAGAUACCAAGAGAGGAGAUGGAGAAACAUCUCUUAGAGUCCUGUCCAUCGGCUCUAACCUGCUGUCCAUUCAAACAACAUGGCUGCAAACACAGGGGUCCCAGAAUGAGCUUAGAGAGGCACCUGGAUGAAAGCAUGAAGUCUCACCUAAACUUGGUGUGUAGCGUAGUCAGCAGCCAGCAGAAGACCAUAGAGCACCUCCAAGCACAGGUAGAUACCAUGUCCCUCAACACGGAUGGCCAACUCCUGUGGCGCAUCACCGACUACGCCGAUAAGUUCUCCAGAGCCAAGAGCGAGGAUGAGGUCGAGUUGGUCAGUCCUCCAUUCUUCACCGGCCGCUACGGCUACAAACUCCAAGUGUCCAUCUUCCCAAAUGGCAACGGCUCUGGCGAGGGGGAGCAUGUUUCAGUAUACAUCCGUGUGACCCACGGGGACUUUGACUCGUUGCUCCGAUGGCCGUUCACCUUCCCGAUCUCCUUCACGCUGCUGGACCAGAACGAGGACCCAAACAAACGCAUGCACAUCAAGGAAUCCUUCACGCCUGAUCCAACCUGGAAGAACUUCCAGAGACCCAGCAAGGAUGUCCAUGUCCUAGGGUACGGCUACCCGACCUUCGUCUCACACAACUUCCUGAAGACGAGGGACUAUGUAAAGGAUGAUGUCAUGUUUCUAAGAGUGCGCGUAGACUGCUCAAGCUCCAUCAAAAUCAAGAAUGACUCCCAAUCUUCGUAGCAUUGGUCACACCCCUGCUGUGAACUUGUAUGCAAAUAAUAAUCCUUCAUGCUUCCAGCCUUUAGUAGAGGUGGUCGAACACUAGCCAAAGUCUUCAGAUUUAUAGGUUCAAACAUGAAUGCAGUACUGAUAGCUACUCUCCAGUACUAGAUUGAAUAAUGCUGAUUUGUGAAUCUGAGGAUGUGCCCAGAUAUUCCAUUUCUCCAAUGAUUCAGAACAGCCAUUAUAAAGUUCAUUCGAGGUGCAAGAAUGACCCUUUUCUUUAUCAAGCAUCAAGACCCUGCCACUGCACCCAUCAUUCAUUACAGAAUAUGUGUACACAAUUGGUUUGUACUUUUGUGACGAAAUGACCCUCACACGCUUUUUCGACUUGAUAAUGUAUCGCUACAUUGUCUAAACUAAAGCACUUUUUAUGUUUUCUUAACUCUUUAUCAAAAAUAAUUGUGCACUGAAUGUACAAGGUCAUAUGAAUUCAGCUUAUAGGGGUAUACAUCCACACUUUGGAUAUUCUAAUCAAGUUAAAAUAAUAACAAUUUUACUCUGCAUUUGCUAAUGUAAUGGUACAUUAUCAGAAGAGAUCACCCUAACUUUUAAAGGAUGUCAAAUAAGUGUAAUAUUUGUGAAGAGUUGGUCAACUGUCGGCUAAUACAAGGCCUUGUGGUUACAAUGAUGAGUGAAAAUAAAAUGCAUUUUAUACAACUUUUUCACUUUAAAGACUGUAUGGUGAAAUAUCUGACAAAUCUUUUUCUUGUAAGUUAGCCAUAUGAAUUUUUAGU